AUGGCUCACCUAGGCUCUCGAUCCGCCUUCCCGCCCACCACCCUCACUCCCGCCACCACCUCUGCUCCCUCACCCGCCCUCUCCCACUCGCAUACGCCCACGCCAGGAUCCGCCGGAUCGAGCAACAACACCUUUCUCAUGUCUGCAAGCCCCGUGAGAAGCCGGAGGUCAGCCGUAGACGGCUACAAACCAAAGAUGAUCUCAACUAUUGGUGCCAAGCCCGCAUGCCUCGUCAAUGCCUCAGUCACCUACGUUGGUGACGACCAAAUAUAUGCCUUUGGAGGCUUCGAUCAAUAUACAGACGAAGUAUACAACCACGUCCUACGCCUCAAUCUCGUUACCCGGCAAUGGAAUCUGGUCGACAACUAUGGCGAUAUCCCAGGCGUGCGAAUGGGACACACCGCAUGUCUUUGGCAGGGUAACAAGCUCCUCGUAUUUGGCGGUGAGAACGAGCAUCGCCAACAUCUUGCCGACGUCAUUGUCUUCGAUCUCAAAACCGCUCAUUGGACACAACCGGAAUUGAACGGUCCCAUACCGCGCGGUCGCGCUCGACACUCUGCAGUAAUCUACGACGAUAAGCUGUAUAUCAGCGGCGGCCAGACUGGGCACGACAGUGUCUUGGAUGAUAUCUGCUACUUAGACUUGAAGACAUGGACUUGGUCGCGAACAUGGAGGUUCGUCCCUCGAUACGACCAUGCCAGCUGGAUCUGGAAUGGUCGCAUUUGGAUUUUCGGCGGAAUCAAUGACGAGAUGGAGAAGAACAAUGAGAUUUGGUGGCUCGAUCUCAAAGGGAGCCCUGAAUUCGAGCACGCAAUGAAGUAUGGGACUGGUGAUCGACAACUUACCUCAUCUCGCCAUCGCUAUCCCGUGCCGGCUUCAGGCCAACUCGCCACUGGCAGUACAGGUUAUACCGCCAACUCAAGCGUCCAGUCCUACCAUGGCAUGAGCUCCAGUCGCUCUCCGUACAUUGCUCCGGGAUCUAUAUCUUCGCUCAAGUUCCAUUCCAGCCCGAACCUACCUUCACAAGCGGCGGGCACGCAUUUCCACCUUUUUUCAUCUGGUUGCAUGCUGGACUUCGUCACACCUGCUGAGCUGAGUUGUGAGACCAGCCUUUCCAGCCUUGAGCUUGACUCGUUGCGAUGGCAAAAGCUAGCUGAGGGAAAAGAUUUAUACAGCCCAAAUUACCGCUGGCACUAUUGCACAAUGAAUCCCGAAGGUACACACGCCUGGCUGCUGGGCAGCCCAAUUGAAUCGGCAAAUGAUGGAAACCACAACGGCGAAUAUCUCAGCGACGUACUUGCCAUUGACCUUCGCAAAUAUGGCAUCCUGGGUAAUGAACUGGCUUCUGACACACGCUCCAAGAUGAUGCCUUCCUCCGACGCCAACGUCUCGUCUCACCUCAGUGGGAUUGGUGCGGACCUGUCCUUGACUUUUGAUCAGCCACCUGAGAGCGGCAGCGGUGCAGAUUUCAUAAUCACUGCAGAUCCCGACGACGAUGACUACAGUGACAUCGCCGCAGCUGAUUCCAACGGUUCAUCGACUGCUGUCGCACCUACUUCACGCCCAAUACACGUUCACAAGCUCAUUCUGCACGCACGCUGGCCACAUUUCGCGCGAUUGUGGAAUGCACAGAUGGCCGAAUUCCAUUCGAAAAAGAUGCAUAUCCCCGAACCCUAUUCUGCAGUCCGCGCUUUCUUGUUCUACCUCUACACCGACAGCAUUGCACCUAACCCACAGAACGGCCCGACGCUGAACGAUGUCGCCGGUAUGCUCGUCAUGUCCAACAUCUACGACAUGCCUCGCCUCCGCCUACUCUGUGUUAAUCGCCUAGGCCGAGAGCUGGACAUUGAACACGCAGCCAUAAUAUGGGAGCGCGCCGCUACCGCCGGCGAAGAGUGGCUCAAGCAACGCGCAGCUACCUUUUGCAUGCAAAACUUUGGUCGUGUCGUCCGCACCGCCGGCUACCGCAACCUCAGCCCUGCAAGCCUUAUCGAGCUGAGCUGCGAAGCCAGUCCUGAGGCUCGCAUUGUCGGUGGCGACGACUUGGAUCUCCUGUCCCAGAUCACGGGCCGUUCGUAUAAUGGGAGUAAUCGCAAACGCAGUCUCGGUAGCACGGGCGUACUGACGGGUGGUGAAGAUGAUGAUAUCGAGGAGGCAGAAGAUGAUGGCAUGGACGUCAAUUGA